AUGCGCUACAUCGUUCUCUCGGCCCUGAUCAAACUGAAACAGUCGACAGGCCUUGCUGCUACUCAAUCGAUUUUAUUAGGCUCCUCUCACGCCACAUCGCUCGCAAAGUCUAGCGAGCGACCUGCGAACUGUGUGCUUGGCCAGAAGCCGCAAGGAACAUAUGCCUCGGCACGUCGUGCAUCGUUUGUCUGGAACGACCCCAUUUUGUGA